CGGCGGCGGCGGCGACGGCGACAGCUCUCGGCGGCUGCGGGGAGGGCGCCAGGCGCCCAUGCCUCCGGCCCCGCGCCCCGGCUGCCCUAACCUGGCCGCAACCUCCGUCCGUGCGCCCCGCCGGCCCGGCCUCUGGGGGGAUUCCCCCUCCGCGGCCCAGCCCCGCCACACCCCCCGCCCCCGGCCUCCGCAGCUCGGCAUGGGCGCGGGGGCGCUCGCCCUAGGCGUCUCGGAGCCCUGUAACCUGUCGUCCGUCUCACCGCUGCCAGACGGCGCGGCUACGGCGGCGAGGCUGCUGGUGCCAGCGUCGCCACCCGCCUCCCUGCUGCCCCCGGCCAGCGAGGGCCCCGCGCCGCUGUCGCAGCAGUGGACGGCUGGCAUGGGCCUGCUGAUGGCGCUCGUGGUGCUGCUCAUCGUGGCAGGCAACGUGCUGGUGAUCGUGGCCAUCGCCAAGACGCCACGGCUUCAGACGCUCACCAACCUGUUCAUCAUGUCCCUGGCCAGCGCCGACCUGGUCAUGGGGCUGCUGGUGGUGCCGUUCGGUGCCACCAUCGUGGUGUGGGGGCGCUGGGAGUACGGUUCCUUCUUCUGCGAGCUGUGGACUUCGGUGGACGUGCUGUGUGUGACGGCCAGCAUCGAGACCUUGUGUGUCAUCGCCCUGGACCGCUACCUCGCCAUCACGUCGCCCUUCCGCUACCAGAGCCUGCUGACACGCGCGCGGGCGCGGGCCCUCGUGUGCACCGUGUGGGCCAUCUCGGCACUGGUGUCCUUCCUGCCCAUCCUCAUGCACUGGUGGCGGGCCGAGGGCGACGAGGCGCGCCGCUGCUACAACGACCCCAAGUGCUGCGACUUCGUCACCAACCGGGCCUACGCCAUCGCCUCGUCCGUGGUCUCCUUCUACGUGCCCCUGUGCGUCAUGGCCUUCGUGUACCUGCGAGUGUUUCGCGAGGCGCAGAAGCAGGUGAAGAAGAUAGACAGCUGUGAGCGACGCUUCCUCAGCGGCCCCGCGCCGGCGCCUGGACCCCCGCGCCCGGACUCUGGCUCCAGCCCCAGCCCCGGGGCGGCGGCCUCGCUGGCCAACGGGCGCAACAGCAAGCGACGACCGUCGCGCCUCGUGGCCCUCCGCGAGCAGAAGGCGCUCAAGACCCUGGGCAUCAUCAUGGGAGUGUUCACGCUCUGCUGGCUGCCCUUCUUCCUGGCCAACGUGGUGAAGGCCUUCCACCGAGACCUGGUGCCCGAUCGCCUCUUCGUCUUCUUCAACUGGCUGGGCUACGCCAAUUCAGCCUUCAACCCGAUUAUCUAUUGCCGCAGCCCCGACUUUCGCAAGGCCUUCCAGCGCCUGCUCUGCUGCGUGCGCCGGGCGGCCCGCGGGCGCCACGCGAACCCUCGCUCCCGGCCGCGCGCCUCUGGUUGCUUCGCCCGGCCCGGGCCGCCGCCGUCUCCCGGGGCCGCCUCGGACGACGAGGAUGAGGACGUCGGGGCCACACCGCCAGAGCGCCUGCUGGAGCCCUGGGCCGACUGCAACGGCGGGGCGGCGGGGGCUGCGGCGGCGGACAGCGACUCCAGCCUGGACGAGCCGUGCCACCCGGGCUUCGCCUCCGAAUCCAAGGUGUAGAGCCCAGCGCGCCCGGGUGCCCCACCGCGCCAGCCGGGACGCACGACCUGCCCCUGGGGAGCAGAAGGAGAUCCCAGCCCCAGCGCCUUAGGCGGCCCCCCGGCGAGAAGUGGAGAUGAGUGUUUACUCAAGACCGGAAGCAGGUGAACUCCAAGUCCACAAGCCCCUCCAAAUCACUCAAAACACGCAGAAAAGUUUCGGGAAGGGCCAUUGCGCGGAAAGGAAAGUUUGGGGCCGGGUGGGGAGAGUGGCCAUUUCUGUUUGUGGUUGGGUCGCAGGUGUGUGCGUGUGAUGCAUGUUGAGAUGGUGUUUGACACCUGCGAGGAGGACUGGAGUGGGUAGG